GGCUCGUUGUUGGAGGGCGGCGGCCGCGGCCGGGGCAGGGCGGGCCCCGAGGACCCAGGCGGGGCCGGGUCCGCGUUCUGUGGGGUAGCCUCGGCGGCCGCCAGGCCUCCGUCUCCUCAACAGGUCCUCCCGGGCCUCGGCGCGGCGUCCGGAGCGGGGCCGCCGAUUGCAGGCCCGCCCGGGACCCCGGCUUCCACGUGGACGGCCCCUUGCGCCCCCCCACCCCCACCCCAGUGCGACCCGCGGUGCGGUGUUCGUGGGGCCUGGGCCCGGGUCUGGCUGGGCGCUCAGGGCAGGUGCCUGCAGGUUGGAGGGACCCACGGGUGCCCCGAGGUUUAGGUCCUGGGCCCUUAGGUCCGCUUCAUCCGGUGUUUUGCAUCCUACAUUAAAGAAGUGAACAGGUCAUGGCACGUUUAACAAAAAGACGACAGGCGGAUACGAAAGCUAUCCAGCAUCUUUGGGCAGCCAUUGAGAUUAUACGGAACCAGAAGCAAAUUGCCAACAUUGACCGUAUUACAAAGUAUAUGUCUCGAGUCCACGGUAUGCAUCCAAAAGAGACCACCCGUCAGCUGAGCCUGGCUGUGAAAGAUGGUCUCAUUGUGGAAACCCUAACAGUGGGCUGCAAAGGCUCAAAGGCUGGUAUUGAGCAGGAAGGAUACUGGUUGCCAGGAGAUGAGAUUGACUGGGAAACAGAAAAUCAUGACUGGUAUUGUUUUGAAUGCCAUUUGCCUGGAGAGGUGUUGAUAUGUGACCUGUGUUUUCGUGUGUAUCAUUCCAAGUGUUUGUCUGAUGAGUACAGGCUUAGAGACAGCAGUAGUCACUGGCAGUGCCCAGUUUGCAGGAGCAUCAAGAAGAAACACACAAACAAACAGGAGAUGAGCACGUACUUGCGGUUCAUCGUGUCCCGCAUGAAGGAGAGGGCUAUAGACCUCAACAAGAAGGGGAAGGACAACAAACACCCGAUGUACCGGAGGCUGGUGCACUCAGCGGUGGACGUCCCCACCAUACAGGAGAAAGUGAACGAAGGGAAAUACCGCAGUUAUGAAGAGUUCAAAGCUGAUGCUCAGCUGCUUCUCCACAACACAGUGAUUUUCUACGGAGCAGACAGCGAGCAGGCUGAUAUAGCACGGAUGCUGUAUAAAGACACCUGUCACGAGCUGGAUGAACUACAGCUUUGCAAGAAUUGCUUCUAUUUGUCAAAUGCUCGUCCUGACAAUUGGUUCUGCUACCCUUGUAUACCUAAUCACGAACUGGUUUGGGCCAAAAUGAAAGGUUUUGGUUUCUGGCCAGCCAAGGUCCUACAGAAGGAGGACAACCAGGUUGACGUUCGCUUCUUCGGUCACCACCACCAGAGGGCCUGGAUUCCCUCUGAGAACAUCCAGGACAUCACGGUCAACGUCCACCGGCUGCAUGUGAAGCGCAGCAUGGGCUGGAAGAAGGCCUGUGACGAGUUGGAGCUGCACCAGCGCUUCCUUCGCGAAGGAAGGUUCUGGAAGUCUAAGAAUGAGGACCGAGGAGAGGAGGAGGCAGAGUCCAGCAUCUCCUCCACCAGUAACGAGCAGCUAAAGGUCACUCAAGAACCAAGAGCAAAGAAAGGACGACGUAAUCAGAGUGUGGAACCCAAAAAGGAAGAACCAGAGCCUGAAACUGAAGCCGUGAGUUCCAGCCAGGAAAUCCCCACGAUGCCUCAGCCAAUCGAAAAGGUUUCUGUGUCCACUCAGACCAAGAAGUUAAGUGCCUCUUCACCAAGAAUGCUGCACCGGAGCACACAGACCACCGGUGAUGGAGUGUGUCAAAGCAUGUGCCACGACAAAUACACUAAGAUUUUCAAUGACUUUAAAGACCGAAUGAAGUCUGACCACAAGCGAGAAACGGAAAGAGUUGUACGAGAAGCUCUGGAAAAGCUCCGUUCCGAAAUGGAAGAGGAGAAACGACAAGCUGUAAAUAAAGCUGUAGCCAAUAUGCAGGGUGAGAUGGACAGAAAAUGUAAGCAAGUAAAGGAAAAGUGUAAAGAAGAAUUUGUAGAAGAAAUCAAGAAGCUAGCAACACAGCACAAACAACUGAUUUCUCAGACCAAGAAGAAGCAGUGGUGCUACAACUGUGAGGAGGAGGCCAUGUACCACUGCUGCUGGAACACGUCCUACUGCUCCAUCAAGUGCCAGCAGGAGCACUGGCACGCCGAGCACAAGCGCACCUGUCGCCGGAAAAGAUGAAGGCGGGUCUCGCGGAGCACCAGCGACGAGUACUCUUCUCAGACAAAGCGGUUUUUGUUUCCAAGAAGCCAAAAUUGUUUAGAAUUUGCUUCCCAUUUUGCACCAGCCUUUAAACACUUUUCGUGAAGAAAUUUUGCACAGUAGUUUAAAUCUUUUGUUAAUGCUCCUCCGGAGUUUUUCAGGGGGUAAAAGUAACAUCAGUGGAGGGUAUUAUUUUAAAUAAAUUUUAAUUGAGAAUUUGUUGCAUUUUCAGCAAAUUUUAAAACAUUUUUAGGUUUUACAGAGAUUUUAACCUUUAAACAACAGAUCUUUAAAAAAACAACAGGUGAAUACAAGUGAGUUUAACAAAGAAACAUUUAAAAUAGAUCUGAAUGUAAGAACUACAGAACUGUUUCAGAAAUAAAACAUACUACCUUGAUGUGAAAUUUAUUUCUUAACCUUGUUGAGCUGGUUUUGUUCAGCUUAAUUUACUGUUUAAAGGCAUUAUCUAUCUAUUGGUUAUGCCAGUGGGUAUAUGAUUGAAUUUAGGGAACAGGGUUGACACAGCAGGUGCUAGUCCUGCGUAUUUUUUCUUAAAUAUUUCCCAAUUGUGUUUUUCAUUAUUUCUUUUCAAUAUAUAACUUUUAUAACAAAUUAUUAGCUUUGAUCUUGUAGUUUAAAAUUGCAGGGAACUGGGGUAAUCUUUUACUGAGCUGGAUCUUAGAGAAAAUGAAUAUUUAAAAUUUAAAGUUUGCACAUUUCAUCUUUGUCCUAACAUGAGUGCUUGUAACAAGA